AGUAUCAACAGGUAAGACAUCCGCAUAGAUAUAAGACAGAUAGGAAUUCAAUUUCAUUUCAUUCAUUUUAUAGCAUAUAUCCAGUAAAAUACAACACCAAUUAAUACCCUACGACAUAUUUACAUACCUACGUACCUUGAGGUUGACCUAAUAAAAGAACUGCAGGCACUUCUGAUAUACCCUUAAAAUAUGCUAGUGACGACGACAGCAACGACGACAGCAACGACGACAGCAACGACGACAACUACAACUACACCCAUAACCACACUAUCAUCGAGUCCCGACACUAACUCUGAUCCUACAUCCUCUAAGGGGUCAAUCGACUCUUCUAACACAGCCAUGCUACCAUUCACCCCUGGGCAGUGCCUAUUCUGUCCCAGUUCCUCACCAAACUUCACUGACAGUGUCACACACAUGCAAAAAUCACACGGCCUAUUUGUUCCAAACCAACAACAUCUUGUCGUCGACCUCGAGACUCUCUUCGAAUAUUUGCAUCUAGUUAUUUUCGGAUGCCAAGAAUGCAUAUAUUGCGGGACAGAGAGAGCCACUGUACAGGCUGUGCAACAGCACAUGACCGGCAAGGGUCACUGCAAGUUCGAUAUAUCGGAAGAGGACUCAGAACUUGCCGACUUCUACGACUUUUCUGAACCAGAAGACGAUGCAAGGAGUGAUAUUGAGGGUGUUUGCGACGGAAACAAUCGAGAGGGGACGACAAACUCAACCCAAAAGCUGCUGCUAGCUGAUCACGACUCGAUUCGCCUACCAUCAGGUAAGAUAAUAUCGCGGCAGUCAUCAGCAGCUCAAACAGGGCCGUCGACUACUCAACUGCGCCGACGAGCCCGCGCCCCAGCUUUACAGCUCGAAUACUCCCACCAGUCUUCCCCUGAUGGCGACGAGGAGUCUAGCAGCAAAGAAGAAGAUCUCGACUCGAACACACACGACACAUGCUCGUUAACAAAAAGGGAGAAGCGGGAGCGGGCCAUGGUGACAUACCAGCUAUCCAACAUGAGCGCGAGCGAUCGGAGCAGCUUGGUGCACUUACCCGCGUCGCAGAGGUGUGCCAUACUGGCAAUGCAGCAUAGACACGCGGCCAAGGUGCAGAAGGAGGAGAGUCGACGGCAUGGCAGGAUUGAUCGGAAAGAAAAUAAGAAUCUGUAUGCGUACUGGCAUACCGAGACACCAGUUUAUCAGUGUGGUUAGAUGCAGGCAGUUACUUGGUGGUUGUCGCGUACUGAUAUGUAAGCUAUCUAGUACUUAAGGCAAGGGGUAGGUAGUUACAUGACGAUGGGAACUAAGGGUUAGCACAACCCUCACCUACCUAUCUAGCUAACCACCAUAUUGCAAAAAUACCAGGCAUAUUCUCUGGACGAACUAGAAUAGAUGUCAAAGGAACAAGCAUGUUAUAGCCAUUAUGAACGGGGGGGUAUGGAU